GCGGGCAGAUGAGCACAAGCGAUAUCACGGAGUUCAUUGCAUGCCAUGGAUGUGGUGAGCAGGGCUGCUGCGAUCGUGAGGGGUAAGGAGGAGACCGAGCUCGUCAGCGUGCAGAUCGACGCCUCGCAAGAUGUACCGCUGGGGCUUCAGCUUUGCGAGGAUGGCGUGACAGUAGCGGCCGUGGAUGAUCGCGGCCUGGUGGCGCAGUGGAACGCCGGCCAUGGCCAUGUCAUCACUCCCGGGGCGGAAGUGCGGGCGGUGAACGGCCGGGCCCACCCUCUUCGCAUGCUGGAGGAGCUGCAGCAAUCGAAGAUGCUGAAGUUGGAGGUGAAGCCUCGUGGUGAAAGAGCCAAACUGGACGGCCGCGAAGAUCCUGUGUUUCAGCUGAUCGACGCGGAGCGGCGCACGCGGGAGAGCGCUGUGGAGCAGCUCACGGCCUUUAUGACGCAGGCCAUCACCACGGUGUCCAACCGCAUGGAAGAACUCGCGUUGACUCAUCUGAAGAGCCAAACGCAGCAGUCUUCAGGCAUGCAGGACUUGAAAGAGAAGCUUUCAGCACUGCAGGAGGCUCAUGGCGCGCAGGUGUUUCGCGCAGAUCGCCUGGAGGAGAUCCAAAGUAGUACCGCUGAAGAGAUCUCCCGGAACGCGGCUGAGACCAGGAGACUCAUGGAGAGUCUGGCGACCUUGUCGGAGCAGACCACGGGCCGUGCCGCUCAGCUCAACGAGGCACUGCGCGGCAUCGCUGAGGAUGUGGGGUCGCUGGAGCGGCUGUGCAAGAAGCCGAAGUCCGAGGAUGACACCAGCACGGCACCCACACGGACGGCCUCUGGGGAGGGGCAGAGCUUUUUCAGCCAAACGGCUGAAAGGCACAGCCGCGCCAGCACUGGCAGCACGGAGCCAAAGGACCUCUCCGGCUCCAGGACCUAUGGCUCGGCAUUUCCGACUCGGACCCGAGCGGUUCUGUCAAACUCCCAGUCUGCAUAUGUGCUAACUGAUGUGCCGAUGGAGAAGGCUGUGUCGGAUGGAUUUCAAGGCCGGUUUCAAGCAAUUCCAGAGCGACAACUCCGAGCAGAGAGUCCGCACAUCUACUCCCCGCGCUGGGCGCCAAUGACCUGGGCGCAGCCACACCCAGUACUUGUGCCGAUGGUUUCCCCCAUCUCUUCACCUCGGCCGAGCUCCCCGGGCCGAGUGACGAGCUCCCGGCCCUUGAGCCCGCUGACGCGCGUGACGCGAGUGCCGCCGGCGCCGGCGCCGCCGGCGCCGCUGAGCCGAACGCCCAACGUGCCGAGUUUGGCCGCGCCUGGGCGCCCCAUCGUCAUUUCUGCAGGCACGCCCUACUCGUACGAAGCCCCGAAGAAUGACACGGAGAAGACCUCGAAAGUUGAAGCGAGUCUUCCUGCCACUGAGAGAUCCCGCCGAGUUGUUUCACCCCACCGGGCCAGGUGAAGCGUUUCUCGCUUCUAGAGCCAAUGAUCAUCACUUCACGUAUGGCUUUUGGAGGUUUACGGUCU